AUCACAUGGUCUCCAGUGUACGUCGUAGCGCGAUGUUGGUAAAUGAUUUGACGGCUGUACAAUGAGGACACAUCUUACUAUGAGGCAGUCAGUUGACAUAACAACCUUACUCUACUUAUGUGUGGUUCUCUGCAACAUGAAUGUGGAACACUGUACCACAGCUGAGCUUACCUGCCCUGACAUAUCCUACGUUCAGGACUCUGCUCUGAUGCAUUGUUCAAUGUCGGUACCUUACGAAAUCCUCCAGUAUUCUGGGCCCGGUAACGUAAGUGCCCCACAGUGUGUAGCAGGAAACAAAUAUUGCACGCCUGUUAAAGGAUAUAAUGCAAGUGUCGUCAACGCAACCUACAGUAGACUCAGGAUACUGAGUAUACAACCAUAUCAUGCAGGGAGGUGGACAUGCAAAAACAUCCCAGAUGGACCUAGCACAUCUUGUAAUCUCGUCACUACAAAAACACCAACAUGCAGCAUCACCAGUAAAGAGGACACUGAUGUACUUGCCCAGGAUCAGACGCUGACACUCACAGUGGACAUACAAGACUACUACUGUUCCACAGCCCUCACCUUCUCACUCCAGACCGGGAAUGUGACAACACUGCUGAUGGAAGCUGACUCUGUAUCAAGUGUUACUCACAGCACUUCUUCAGUAGCCCUGAAUGUGACGGACUCCCACCUGGGGGCUGUAGGGCUGAUAUUUAGCUGUCACCAUAAACAGACGAGUCUAACUUGCGAUGGCGUCACUGAACUCAAAACAACUGAUGCUCCAGGAAAUGAUGAACCACGCACACCAUCAACUCUCAUGAUCAUUGUUGCCGUUGUUUGUGCAAUCGUGUUUCUCGUCAUCAUCAUCAUCAUCAUUGUAUGCGUCGUCAAAAGAAAACAGGUAAAUGAUACAAAACCACAAUCGCCAGUUAAUCUUGACUGUCCUCCGUAUAUAACUGUUGGGCAACUUUGAGGUACAGAUUAUGCUACUGUGCAUC